UUAAGGUUGCGUUCCGUUUCACGCAUAAAGCGCAUAGAUCGCUUGGAAAUCUAUAAUAUAUGUUACGUGAACUAUAGAUUUUCAGGCGAUCUAUGCGCUCAAUGCGUGAAACGGAACGCAUCCUAAGACUUUUGUAUUUGUAGAUGGCACUUGUAGCAGACGCUAAUCUUUGUUUAUAUUUAUAUCAUGUUACAUCGACUUUGACACUUGUCGUUUAUCACAUUACAAUGUAUCACGUUAAAUUAUAAUUGUAAAUUAAGUUGUCCAGAACAAUAUUAUGAAUAAUCAUGUUUAUCAAUGGAAAUUUCUCACAAAUAUGUAGUCAUGAAUAUAUAUUUAUAUAUAUAUGUAUGUGAACAUGGUGAAAUGAGUGAUCUUCCCUUGUAUAUGUCACGUUGUGUAAAUAGAUCUGGCAAGAUAAAAUGGCAUUCUCCUUUAGAGCCGGCACCAAUUGGUGUCACGAUUUUCCGAAAUUGGCCAGAGAGUCAGGAUUUUACUUUAAUAUGCAUGGAUCCAGAGCACGAGUCGAUUGGAAUCGUGCUAUAGAUAUAGAUAGAGUCAUACGUGAGAGAGAUUUUUUGACUAUUGAUGAAAAUAUUAAUAAUGUAAUAGAUUAUUCUUUGGAAAGCGAAUAUGAUAUCAAGAUCUUAGAUUCUAAUUUUGUUAAAUUAUUCAGACUUGCACAAUUAUCAGUCGAGUAUUUGUUAUAUUGCAAACAGUAUUUAGAUCAUAGUGUAAUAAUAUUGAAAGAUGAAUUAAGACAGAAAAUAGAACAAAAUGUUAAUAUGAAAAAAAAAAUUGCUGCUUUGGAAGACACUAUAAAAAGUUUGAGGGAUAAAUCAAAGGAAAAACGAAAAUUAAUUGAGGCUACUGUUGGUGAAAUUUCUAAUGGAGAAAUUUUCAAGUGCCCACAUUGUCCAAAAACGUUUGUACGUGCUAUAUUUGUAAAUGCUCAUAUAGCGCGCAAACAUUCAUGUAUUUCAGACAUGAGUGUAGCUACUUGUUCACCUGUGCAUGAACAUUAUCGAGUAGAAACAGAGAAAUUGCAUAAUGAAAUAAAAACAUUGAAAGAAAGACUCAAUCAAACUGAAAGAGUAAUAAGAAAUGAGUCUGACAAAUUGUUAGAUAACACAGAAGACUUUAUGAGAAAUAAUACUGGCAAAUUAAAUAGGUUUCAAGAGCAAAAAAAAUAUCAAGAAGAUAUUGAAAGUUUGAAAAACAUGCUUUUUGAUGAGAUACGUGCAUUAAGAGAGAAGGAUCAUAUUGUAAAUGAAAGUAUCUUGGAGACAAAUAUAAAAACUCUGAUCAGUCAACAAGAAAAAGAGAUUGAUAGCUUAAGAAAUCAACUUCUUGAAAGAUUGACUCCAGGCAUAGAAAAUAUGCAAGUCAAAUUGCAAACCCAAGAAAAUUAUUGGAAAGCCAAAAUAGAAGAUAUGGAAGCUCAACAUCGUAGAGAUAUCGAAAGAUUGACCACAGAACUAAAAACAACACAACAAAUAGCUGAUCAUAUAAAGUCUGAAUGUGCAUCUAAAGUACAUGAUUUGGAAAAACAAUCUAUGGAUCAAUCUAAUAUGUUGGUGGAACAAAGGAAGCAAUUAAAUAAUUUGUCACGUGAGAUUAAUAAUUCGCAAACACAGAUCAAUAACUAUAGAAGCAGGGAAAAUGAUAUAGUAGAAGAAUUCCAUAAAUCUCCUGUAUUAAAAAUAAAACGCGAUAGUAAUUAUAAUGAUGCCGAAACUGAUUACAAGAGUUUAAACAGUAUUGGAAAUCCUAAGAUAAUUAUUGAAAAUGUCGAUAGUGAAUCUAGUCAAGAAUAUAGGGACAAACCAAUAUCAAUCACAGCCCAAAACAUACAUGUGCCUAAUAAAAAUGAUUCUAUAAAAAAUAAGGAUAACAGAAACCCCAUCACUAAUUGCAGUAAAAAUGAGGACCAUACUAUAAAAUGUAAUUUGAAAAAUACAGAAAGAACAGAAGUGGUUAGAAAAUUAAAAAAUAAAGCAAAAAAUAAUACAUUGAAUGAUGUAAAUAAAAUAAAUGGUUGUACAAAUAAAUGCUUCACUACCAAACAGAACAAUCCUGUUAAUGUAAACAAAAAGUAUUCAGAUAUUACAAAUGUUGAAAAAGAAAAAACAUCGCAUUCCGAUGACAUAGGAAACGAUAAAAAAUCUGAGUUUUUAGAAAAGCAUAGUGUAAGUUCUAUGACAGAGUCCGAAUCUUCGUCAUUGAUGUUAGAAUCAGGAUCUGAUAGUGAAAGUGUUACAACAGAUGAUGAUAUUACAGUAAAAAAAUAUGAAACAUCUAUAGUUAACUCUUCUGAUACCAGGAAAUUAAUACAAGAAGAUGCACAAAGUAUGUUGGAUAAGCGACUGAAAGAUUUAGGAAUUGAUCCAGAAUGGCAGGGAAUACCUGCAGCAACGUUUAAGCAAAAGAUGGAAAUUGUAAGACAUCAGCAAAAUAUUAAUGCAAAGAAGCUAGUUCGUUACAAUCAAAUAAAGCAAAAAAUACUCGAAGAUGUUCUUCAAAGAAUAUCGAUAAAUCAUAAAAAAUCAAAAUGUUCUAUGCCUGUAAAAAAUUCUCCAUUAAAUAAACCAGUCAAAUCAAAAGCUUGGAAAGCAUUCAGCAAUCAUAGAGACAGCGAUGAAUAUAUAUUUACUCAGAAAACAGAAAAUACAACGCCUUCGAAAUUGCAUCUGAAACAGAAAAUUGAGCUUCUUCCUAAAAGAUAUAAAGAUGAUGAGAUGUAUGAGAAUACGCGCGAACCAUCAAAGAGAAAUGAAACAGAUGUUUAUACCAGUCCAAAAGUGACUUUGGCAUAUCCAAAAUUGAUUCGAAAUAUUUCCUCCGCGAGUUCUAUUGAAUCUUGUGAGGAUGUAAAACAGAUUCCAUCUACGAAAAUAACUAUGUCUGAUACUAGUGUGCGCAGCAUAAGUUCUCCGUUCGACAGAAAACAGGUAGUGCCGAAAUUUUUUGGAAAUGAUUCGGAUAGUACAAUCAUACAACAAGACGCUUCAAUUCUAUCUCCGAAAAAUAGUAAAAGUGUCCUAAAACCGAUGAGUGGUUCAGUUGGUAGUUUGGUAAAGAAAAAAGUUUUAUUUGAUUUGGAUGAUAGAAAAAAUGAUACAACAAUGCUGGAAACCGAUCAGAGAAAAGGCCAAAUGAGCAAUAAUGAUUGGAGUAUUUCGAGUCCUGAAAGGAGAGAAUAUGGGUUGCAGAAAGAGAAAUCUAUGAGCACAAGCAAUAUUAUUUUAAAAACUUCGCAAAGUGAUAAAAUCGCGGAAAUAUCAAAGAAAAUACAGGAACAGUUGAGCAUUGCAAGAAAGCCACCUGCAGGAUCGGUUGAAACGAUCUUUCGAUCCAACACAAACUUACAGAAUCUAACAAACGAUAAUACGGAAGAUGAUUUAUUGAAAUCGAUCAGCCUCACGAGCUCGAUCUCGGAUCCUGGGCAAGACGUUACGAGCUCAAAGACGAAAGACAGCGUGUUUCCACAACCUGCCCCACGAACUCUGAAAGAUAAAGAUCUUAGCAUUGCCCAAUGUAGAAGUGAAUUAAAGUAUUCUGAUUUGGAUUCGGAUAUAGAUGAAAUAUUACAGAUGAGCUAAGAUAUAUUAUAUCAGGUAUAUGCUCAUAUGUAUUAAUAUCAUCAUUGAUUGUAUUUAUAUAACUUUAAGAUAUUGCCAUAAUCUCUUCCUUUCUACUGUUGAUAUCGCUGAAUAGAUCUAAUGUACAAUUUACUAUAUAAUUUUUAUACAUACAUGAUUAGUAGUGUAAAAAUACAUGUUUACAAAUGGAUAAACGAGGACAAA